AUGUAUCCACCUACAUGGGCCAAUCCAACGCCGUCCAAUGGCCCUACUACUGGCCAGCCAGGACAAGCUCCCGAGUCGCAGAGCACUUCACACGCUAUUACAAGUGGCGCAGAAAAUGACAGUACGACCUUCCAAGCGCCAAACCAAACUGCGGCGGCUCCGCCAUUAGAUCCAAGUCAACAGCAACCCAGCACGAACAUGGCCACAGCCAGUGUACCCCAGAUACAAAACUCGCAUCAAACAUUCAAUAUGCAAGGCAUUUCCGAAACGUCUAUCCCGCAAGCAGCAGGUGGUCAGAAACGAGUGAUAGCUGUUAGACCACGUAAAACACGCCGAGCUGUGCAGCCGGGAUUCACAUCGACUGGAGAGAAGAUUUUGUUCAUUCAAUCAGUCGGACGAUAUGCGCGAUUUGUGGUCACUGAUACCGAAGGGAAUAUACGACUUGUCUCUGGCAGUCAGCCCGCUAUAGACCUAGCAAACAGUGCUGGAGUCCCACAUACGCUUCAGGAUCCAGCGGAAAUCCAGAAGCUUCGUGGCCUAGUUCGUCGCGGUGGCGGCGAAUACGGGCUGGAAUUUGUAGCUAUUGGGGAAUGGGACAUAGGGAAUACACGGCUUCCCUUCAUCGUCGUUGGCUUUUAUUAUGAAAAUGAGAAUGGAAGGCGCGAAGAAGCUAUCUCUCGUUCUUCUCUUAUAAAAAUAUUGGGAACACGCGAAGGGGAGAAGCUCAUAGUUGAGAGCAUCGUGGGCCAUCCUGAUCUGUCCUUAAGAGAAGCUCUCGAGGCUCAGAUAGCGCCAAGAAAGCAGGAAGUCUCUUCUAACAACGCCCCCCAACUGCUUCUUCAGGGCGAGCAGAGCCAGCCGUGGUGGUUCCAAACCCCACAACAUUCUGGGUCUCAUACGGCUUUCAAGGUCGCCCCUGCCCAGCAGGCGCCUUACCCGAACCAUUUCCAACAAUUUGCUUCUCAACAGUCUCUGCGGCCUAUUUCCCUGCAGUAUCAACAGCCAUUUCCCUCUCAGUUCCAACCCGGGCCUUUCGCUAUGCCACCUCAGCCGAUUCUUAACUCCUCAAUGAUGAAACCUAGGGCCAACUCCCCAACUACAAGCAUGAUGUCUGAGGAACUUUGA